AACGCUUCUUCAACAACUGCAGCCACCUCGGUAGCUCGCCAGACAACAAAGUCGGAACAUUCAAGCUCUUUAGACAAUUUACUGGUUUAUUUGCCACUAUGAUUUAAAAUACUUACGUGUAAACAACUAGCUACCUCAUUUAAUUUCAUAUUUACGUUGUAAGUCAAUUAGCUGGCUGGUUAAAUUAGCACUAGUCUAGUCGCUAAUGCUAACUAGCUGUUAUCCCCGACCAUGAGUACACUAAGCUACUCUCCUCCUGAUAAAGAAGAGGUCUGCUGGACGGAGAAGGAAGCUCUCGUCAAAGAGGAGGCUGUUCCAAUACAAGAACAAGUAGAGGGUGGGGCUGUUACUGUGAAAGAGGAGGAGGAAGACGUUUCAUUGAAGGACGAGGAAGACGCGUUCAGAGUGAAAGAGGAGGAGGAUUUUACAGUAAAAGAAGAGGAGAAAGAGGAGGAUGCAGGUUUUGGAGAGAAGGAGGUAGGUUUUGGAGAGAAGGAGGUUACUGUGACAGAGAAAGAAGAUGAAGACGUUUUUUUAAUGAAGGAUGAAGAGGGGGAGAUUACAGUCACAUUAGAGGAGGACGAAGAAGAGAAGACUGGAGAACUGAUUAACACCAGUAAAUACAGAGAGAGACUGGACUAUCGUGGAUCCUCUGGGGAGCGUCAACAACAUCAUGAUGCUGACAAGGCAGAGAAUAGUCUCUCCACAUCAAAACACCUCAAGAAACACCAGAGGAGACCCACAGGGAAGAAAUCUCACCGCUGCUCUGACUGUGGGAAGAGAUUCACCUCCUCAGCAGGCAUUAAAAUUCAUCAGAGAAUCCACACAGGAGAGAAAUCAUAUAGCUGUGAUCUAUGUGGGAAGAGUUUUACUACAUCUAGCCAUCUGACUGUACACCAGAGAACACACACAGGAGAGAAACCUUAUAGCUGUGAUCAAUGCGAGAAGAGUUUUACUACAUCUAGCCAUCUGACUGUACACCAGAGAACACAUACAGGAGAGAAAUCUUAUAGCUGUGCUCAAUGCGGGAAGAGUUUUACUACAUCUAGUCAUCUGGCUGUACACCAGAGAACACACACAGGAGAGAAACCUUUUAACUGUAGUCAGUGUGGGAAGAGAUACUCUGAUAAAAGAAAUCUGAUUACACAUCAGAAAAUACAUGGUCAGAACUGAAAUGACAAGAUGAUGCUAUAAUUUAUUGCAUCAUAAUUGUGGGUUCUUAGAACUCUCAUCUGUGUGUGUUUUAACAUAUUUAACAGGAGAUUUAACACAGUGGAUUUCAACUUUUUUUUUUUUAAUUUACAAAAAGUGACAAACAAGACUUGUUACACUUAUCGCGUUGGCGACCCACUGGAAUCAAGAUGUAGCUAGCUGUUUUCUACAAAUUGUCCUCUAACCAGUGAUGUACACAUUAUUCCCAGAUUUCGUGUAGUUUUUGAGUUGUUAGUUUUAAUAGGAUGUGCAACCUCAUCUCCCUCCUCUCAGCACAAUUGAUUUCAACAUGAUAUCGAUGAGUGAUGACAAAUAAGUGUUGUGUUCCUUUGUUUAGCGACCCCUACAUUUAAAUGCAUCACCCCAAAAUGUAGCUGACUGUCUUCUGCAGGUUGUCCUCUAACUAGUGAGGUAAAAUAUAUCUCCCAUUUCCAUGUGUUUUUUUGUUGUUGUGUUCGUUUCAACAGCAUGUAGAACUGAUUUCCCCCCUAAUCGAUAUUAGUGAUGUAUUGCUACUUGUCAAAACAACAGCGUUUUUGGUGCUUGUGCAGUUUAUAAGGUCCACAAGUAAUAUGGUUAUUGUGGCAGAUGUUUGUGUGAACUGUACAUUUUAUGUUUAGGUUUUCAAUAUAUUGGUUAUUGAUUUGGACACGUUAAAACUGUGUUUUGACAUUGGGGCAAUCCCACCUAGCAAAAUGUAAUUGAAAAGAAUAAUAUGUUUCCUCUUGAAGUCAGACAUGUCCUUGGUAAGGACAACUUGAUUGCUGAUUGUCUCAAGGGUUGGCAGUCAAAAAGAUUUGUGUUUUGCCACGUUUUUAUUUUAUUUUAACACGUUUUUCUGUUUUGGAGAUGAGUUUUGUUUGGACUCGUUCUAAGGGGACGAGAGUUCUAUAAGCUAGUGAGUUGUAGGAAGACAAGAGUUCUAGAAGCUAGUGAGUUUUAGGAAGACGAGAGUUCUAGAAGCUAGUGAGUUUUAGGAAGACGAGAGUUCUAGAAGCUAGUGAGUUCUAGAAGCUAGUGAGUUUUAGGAAAACGAGAGUU